AUGGAGAAUGAAAAAUUUCCUGACACACCUGAUAUUAGUAUUAUAAUAUUAGGUACUGCCAAUAACACAGAUUGCUCAAGUAUUUAUAGCGGGAAUAUCUCAGAUAUAGUAGAUUUAAUGAAUGAUUUAGAUGAUACAGAUUACACUGAGUUGGACGCUAGGAGUGAUCCAGUAGAUGCUCAUAUACUUACACGGUUGGAAGGUACAGGAUGGUAA